AUGAACGACGAAAAUAAGAUUGAGGGAAGAAAUCCCAUUAUUCCUCCGUCCUCUCCCUCCAAGAUGGCAGCAAAUGGUGCCAUACUGUCGCCCACAAGAAGCGUCUUUGGAGAUGACAAAGGACAAGCACUUACUGGAAAGCAAGAACAUUAUUUAAAGCGCGAAUUACUCUCGCAACAAGUGAAAUUUGAAAUCACCGAAUUGAAUUCUCCCACAGCAUUACAGAGAUUCGGCGCCCCAUUCAAAUCCGAUCGCGGGGAAGUAUCUCCUCUAGAUUCCGAGCUACCGAUUCUCAGAUACAUAUUUGUACAUCAUGUUCGCGAGUUUCCAUUUUUGGAUAAGGCGAAGGAGAAGGAGUUCUGGCAGGAUAAAUUACAAGUGUUUCUACAAUCGUUCGCUGAGAAACACAUCUCGUCAUCCGAAGAUAGGCUCGAAGAAACAAAGCGCAGAAAGCUAUCACUGAAAUGUCAGAAGCUAGUGGAGUUGAUGAUGGUAUCUGGUAUACCUACGGCUUCAGGAUACGAGGAGCGAAUUAGGUUCUCUGAACUCGAAGUGGUCGAUGCAGGUGCUAUCGAGCAUGGUGUUCUUUCGACUUUGCCAGAAGGCCAUUAUUUGCAUGGUUGGGAUGUAAAUGUGGCGGGUGUGAGAACGACAAAAGUCAAACGAAACAUCAGAUACCACAAACAUGCCGAAUUCGUUCUCCGAGUCAAGAAGAAGGGGGAAAUCCCAUAUUUCAUCGGACGCCGAUAUGGUGACUUUAGUAGACUUCACAAGAGGCUACGAACAGAACUUCCUGGCAAAGUCCUUCCACCAAUGCCUCGGAAAAACAAGGAGAGUUCAACUGCAUCGAACCUGAUUAGUGGUCUUACGGGUGGCAAAGAUUCCGAUGCGUCUUCAAUCUCCUCGGUCUCGACAAUGGGGGCUAUGGGCGCCGAAUCUGGCAUGAAGAACUUGUCUGUCCGUGAUCAUCGUCGCUCUGGAUCAGCGGCAUCAUUCGGAAAGUCAUCUCCGAGACCAUCAACAUCGUCCCCACGGCCAUCAGUUGAUAGGCUUCUCAAACCUUCAACUCCUGUUGCAGACUCAGAUGGCAUAACUCUAUGGCGAGAAAAUCAACGCAUAUCCUUGAGAGCAUUCCUCCGUGGCCUUCUUGCCAAUCCUCAAAUUGCUGGAACCCGAGCGAUGCAAGAUUUCCUUUCACAACAACCUAUCAAACUAACCGAUGAUGAUGUAGAGGAUGUUGAGAGAAGAAGGCUGAUGGACGAAAAGAGGGUUGUAGAGCAACAACAGUUUUAUGAAAUAGCCAGGAAGCGCGCCGCUGAACUAGACAUCUACAUGGAAGAAUUCCGCCGCGACAUUGUGGAAAGCAAUGGUCUUACCAAGUUAUUUAAAGAAAUUAAGGAUAAGCCAACCAUUCAAGAUCUUAGCAUUCAAUACCAGAAAUUUGCGGAAUGGCUACGAAUUGAAGUAGCAGCGACUCUUUAUCAUUUAUUCCUAGCAGAAGACAACUCUCCGGAAUUAUUCGCGCAAGCUAAAAAGAUUCACUCAAUGAUACCAUACACAAUUAUCAAGAAUGCAAUUCGAAUAGCUAAUCCAGCGGCUGUUAUGUCUAGCAUAUUAGACAUCUUCCUAGCUCAACCUUUCGGAACGAGAUCGCUCAUGCAAAGGAUCUUUUCUUUGACCUUAAAUGAUGGGAUCCGAAGUUUCCAAAAGUCUAUCGAUGGCCUCCAAAACAAGAUCAAUGAGCCUGUCUUUUGUGAAAAAUUGAAGAAGUUUUCUGACAGUCCUGAAGAUUUCAAGAAUGUCAUAAGAGCUGAUGCAGAAGAGAGUGGCGUGGACUUGAUUGUCUCCAUCCUAAGGUCAGAAGAUAUCGAACCGCCCCUGAACUCGGCUCAAAUCGGCAAGAUAUACAACGCUUAUGUUGCUUGGAAUAAUGCUGUGGAGAACGUUGAUGAAGAGAUGAAGCAAGGAGCACAGUUAUUCUCAUACUUGAAACAACUCCUCAAAUUGUACACGAGACAGCGAGAUAAGGCUAUGAUGCUAAACAUGAUUGAGGAGCCGGUUACAUUACGCCUUCUUCGCGACUUGUUCACAAUCUUCUAUGAGCCUUUGGUACGAGUAUAUAAAUCAGCAAAUGUGUACGACAGUGUCACUGAUUUUGCCGAGUUCAUUGAGGAUACGAUCAAAGUUGUUGAAAAGUGCCGAGAGCAAGAUUUCUCAGCAGACCCUAAUCAGACAGUUCAAGCAUUUAUCGAUUUAUGCCAGCGACACGAGCACAAUUUUUACAAAUUCGUUCAUGAAGUACAUACACAUGAUAAUGGACUCUUUACUCAAUUAAUGGGUUGGAUCGAGGGAAUCCUCGAGUUUCUCCGUCAAGGUCCUAAGGGUGGGAAACUUGACAUCAAUGCUCUUGUCACAGGUGCCGUAAGCGUAAAUCAACUAAACAAAGAAGUUGCUAUCAACGAAAUAAACCAAUUGAUUACUUGGCAAGAAGCACGCAAGAAGUGGCAUUCUGAUAAAACAAGACAAAAGAUGGCGGCAGAAGGUACAGGUGCUCCAGAGCAGAUACCCGGCGCACUAGCCUUCAAGAGUACUGAUUUUGGAUUGGACGAAGGGGAUCUCGAGGAUAUUAACUAUGGAGAAGACGAAGACAGUAGUGAUGAGGAUGAGGAAGAUGAUGAGUUGGACCCCAUUGCUGCUGAAAGAAAGAGGAGAGCAAGGAAACAGGAUCAUUUAAGGAGAACUGCGGGUGAACCUGCUAAGCCAGAAGUGGCUGAGGUGUAUAAGUUGAAGGAGGGAUUCUUGAGCAUGCUAAGAGGUGUACUUGCUGAGUAG